UGUUGCUCACAAGACGCUGAUAUGAUUCGAGUGCAUUUGUUUGUUGUUCUUUCUUUUUGUGUCAUAUCAGGGCUUUGAAACAAGAUUUUAAGCAUCUAUGUGCCAUGCAUCGUAUCAGCUAACGACUUUUGUUUGAACUCUCCAGAAAGCAGUUGCCAGUGUCACCCAUCGCCUUUUUGGUACUAUAAAGUUGCUCUUCGUCACAUGAUCACCAUGCCUCUGUCAGCAUCCAUCAUCAGUGGAGUACAGAAAUUGGUUCUUUACGAAACUAGAGCCAGGUAUUUUCUUGUGGGGAGCAAUCAUGCCCAAACCAAACACCGUGUUUUGAAAAUUGACCGCACUGAGCCAAAGGACCUGGUGAUUAUUGAUGAUAAGCAUGUUUAUAGCCAGAACGAGGUCAGAGAGCUCCUGGGACGCCUGGAUCUCGGCAACCGCACCAAAAUGGGCCAGAAGGGCUCCUCAGGCCUGUCCAGAGCUGUGUCCGCCUACGGCAUCGUGGGUUUCGUACGAUUCCUGGAAGGCUAUUACAUCGUCUUGAUCACCAAGCGGCGGAAGAUGGCCGACAUUGGCGGUCACUCCAUAUACAAGAUUGAGGACACCAACAUGAUAUACAUUCCCAACGACUCUGUGAGGCUGACGCAUCCUGACGAAGCCAGAUACGUGAGAAUCUUUCAGAACGUGGACCUUUCCAGUAACUUCUACUUUAGCUACAGCUAUGACCUGAGCCACUCCCUGCAGUACAACCUGACACUACUGAAUAGUCCGUGUUGCCCGGGCGACGAGGUGACGGUGCACCCCCACAGCAGCAAGCAGGACAGCUUUGAUAUCUUCGAGGACGAAGGCCUGCCCACUCAAGUAGUCCACGGCCUCCGGAACGAGCCAUACGCCAAGUACGUCUGGAACAGCAAGCUCCUAGAGCGCGUCAAGGACAUUGUGCAUCCUGAUUGGCUCAUGUAUAUCAUCCAUGGUUUCUGUGGCCAGUCCAAGCUGUUGAUCUACGGCCGUCCGGUUCACAUCACCCUUAUUGCCAGGCGCUCCAGUAAAUUUGCUGGCACCCGCUUCCUCAAGAGAGGAGCCAACUGUGAGGGCAAUGUAGCGAAUGAGGUGGAAACAGAGCAGAUCAUUCAUGAUGCGUCAGUGAUGUCAUUCGCAGCGGGGAGCUACUCAUCUUACGUUCAGGUCAGGGGUUCCGUACCGCUCUACUGGUCCCAGGACAUCUCCACCAUGAUGCCUAAACCUCCCAUACGACUGGACCAGGCCGACCCGUAUGCCCAUGUAGCCGCCCUCCAUUUUGACCAGAUGCUUCAGCGGUUUGGUUCGCCUAUCAUCAUUCUCAACCUUGUUAAGAAACGAGAGAAGAGGAAGCACGAGAAGAUUCUCAGUGAGGAGCUCCUUCCAGCUGUUAACAACCUCAACCAGUUCCUCCCUCCAGAACACUGGAUCGACUACAUCGCCUGGGACAUGGCCCGUUACACCAAGAUUAAGCUGUGUAACGUGCUGGACCGCCUCAGUAUGAUUGCAGAGAACGUGGUCAAGAGGACUGGCUUCUUCAUCAACCGCUCUGACUUCUACUGUCACACCCUCAGGCCAGAUGAGAGAUGGGGAGAUCUUGGUGGGAGUCUUACUUCAAGUGGGCGUGUCCAGACAGGUGUGUUGAGGACUAAUUGUGUGGACUGCCUAGAUCGUACAAACACUGCACAGUUCAUGGUGGGGAAGUGUGCUCUGGCCUAUCAGCUCUACGCCCUGGGCAUGAUUGACAAGCCCAAGUUGCAAUUCGAUACAGAUUGUGUCCGGCUGUUUGAGGAGCUGUACGAGGACCAUGGGGACACUUUAUCUCUGCAGUACGGGGGCUCCCAGCUGGUGCACAGGGUCAAGACUUACCGAAAGAUUGCCCCCUGGACACAGCACUCCAAAGACAUCAUGCAGACCCUAUCACGCUACUACAGCAAUGCUUUCUCAGAUGCAGACCGGCAGGAUGCCAUCAACCUCUUUCUGCAGGUUUACCAGCCUUCAGACUCGAAGCCUCACUUGUGGGAGCUGCCUACAGACUUCUAUCUGCACCAGAAGAACUCAAUGGCACUGGCCCACGACAGGCGCAGCUACACUUACUGGUGGUCUGAGGGGAUUCUAUCCUACCUACCUGUACCCUAUGAUGAAGUUCCCUGUGAGGAGAAUAUGAAAAAGGUAGCAGUGAAGAGGGUGAACCGUUACGACGAGAGCACAGACACAUACACGGAGUUCUUCAAACCCUACGAACUCACCUCCUUCGAUGACACCUUUUGCAUCUCCAUGACCAACUCUGCACGGGAGUUUAUGCCAAAGACUGUGGGAGUGGAUCCCAGCCCCUUCACGGUCCGCAAGCCAGAGGAGACGGGGAAAUCUGCUGUUACUGGCUCUAAGAGUAGUAAGGAGGAGACGGUGCUGCAGAGAAAGACAGCAGCUAGUGCCCCCCCGCCCCCCAGCGAGGAACAGCUCUCCAGCAGCUCGGAGGACGACUCGGAGGAUGACCGCGAUGAUGACGGAUCGGUAUCCCAGCGUUCUACCCCUGUGAAACUGCUCACGGAGUCUGGCGAGAGCGUCCGCACUCAGGAGGACUUUCUGGAGCAUCCCAUGAAAGAGACCUAUGGACUCAACCUGGCCGUACUCCCUGCAGAGGACGACAUGCUCAUAUAUGAGAGGUUUGCCCAUCUGGGCCAGAACCAGCACAAGGUGGAGAGAACGGAACCGUCAGCUCUGGAGAAUGCCAUCAAUGUGGUUCCUGUGUCGUGCUUUGCAGUCGACAGUAUCUACGAAGUGUCACCUCCUCGGGUAGACAAGGAGAGCAGGGAGGUCUUCGAGGGCCACGUGCUGACCGGGCUAGGCCAGGUUCGGGCACUGUGCCGAGAGGACACGCUGAUGUACAGAGAAUACAUCAAGAACAGGUACAUGUGAUGCGGCGGAAGGAAAACCACAACUCAACCAUGGAGCAACCACACCUCAACAUUGGAUGAACCAACGCCCUCUGGCCAAACCUCUACAGUUAUAUGUUGAAAUAGAGCUCUUAUGAUAUCUCACCAAAGCACCAUUGUAUCGCCUGAAUUGGCAGUGUUUAGCAAAUUCCAGACCCAGCCAUUAAUAUGUUGAUGUGUGUGUUACUUUUGUUUUGGGUAUGGCAUCAGUGCUGGGUUUGCUAUCAGUUAGAAUGCAUGAGCAGAAAUAUGGUGAUUCAUUUUUGAUUUUAUAGGCCUGUUAACACCUGCAAGUACCCGGACUGUUACCAAAAACCUGAUCACCUUGCCGAGGAGGUUCUUUUAACAAGACAGUAACCCAAAGCACAUAAAAAAAUCCUUAACUGUCUACAAAAAUCAACAUUGCAGUCUUUGGACUUAAAGACAUUAAGUAUAUAUGAACUGUGGAAGAUCCAUCUGAAUGUGUUCUCCAACUAAAUAUAUUCAUAAAAGUCCAUGUUUCCGUUAACUUUGUAAUGUAUUGAAAGUCUUUGAAAAUCA